GCCACUUUCUUUCCAUCUCACUCACAUUCCCAUGCACACACCACGUCGGUUUAAUGUCAGUGUGUGGACCAUGUAAAUGCUCCCUUUAGGAUUCGGAUGCUCAUUUUACUGGAUUAGGAACCACGGUGCGCAACCGUUUUGCUCUGCGGCUCCGCCCGGUGUGCGGUGCGCACUGACUGCACACAUCUGAGACUUUUAUUGGGCUUUCGGACAGCGGAGGGAGAGGACUUGUCUUACCCCCUACAUAGGACAAAGGAAACGAGGGGAAAAGAUCAGAGUGGACGUAGAGAGGAAUGGAAAUGGAUAAAUGUCUCCUCACACUCGGGUUUGCGCUGUUAGUGCUCGCUGGGUGCUCAGCGCGAGUGGUGACAGUGUCACCUGGGCCGUUAAUCCGGGUGGAGGGUCAGCCCGUCUCCAUCAGCUGUGACGUCAAUGACUAUUCGGGACCUCGUGAGCAGGAUUUUGAGUGGGUGGUGUCUAAGUCCGCAGUCCUAGACGACACGGCCAUAAAGAUCAUCUCCACCUUCGACUCCAGUUACUCCGACAAGUCCCUGACGCAGCGAGUGGCGUCUGGUGACAUCUCGGUGGUGAGGCUCGCUGACAACCAGGUCGAGCUGAAGAUAGCGGAGGUGAAGUCGCUGGACGCCGGGUUCUACUGGUGUCAGACACCAAGUACUGACUCUGUCAUCAGCGGCAACUACGAAGCUCGGGUCCAGGUCACCGUCAUCCCCAACACCCUGAAGGUUUCCUCCCAGACCCCGACGCCUAAAGUUCCAGAGGGAAAUGACCUCACGCUUUCCUGCAACGUCACCCGGACACUCACCAACCCCACCUACCUGUCCGUGUCCUGGUCAGUGAAGAGCGGAGCAGCAUCAGAGGAAAUCCUCACAUUUGGUCCUCAGGGCGACGUGAGUCCAGGUGCCAAGUUUGUCCGGCACUACGCUGACGGAGGCAUCCGACUGGUCCCUGGGAAGAAUGGGUUGUUUGAGCUGGUGAUAACCAGAGUGACGACAUCUGAUAGCGGGACUUACACCUGCAGUGGAGCAGAGUGGACAAACGAAAAUGAAGGGAGAUGGGUAAAAAUCGUAGAGAGUACCAAGGAGAUGGGAACUGUUGGCGUUAUUCCUACAGGUCAGUCCCUCACUGUGAGUGCUUCAUCUUCCUCCUCUCCCUCCUCCACCUCUCUGCUCCUCUCCCCUGGCAACACGCUGGCCCUCGUCUGCUCUGUUACCGCUGACAACCUGCCUGCCCUCGCCCUGGAGGUGACCUGGCUGGCCAACAACCGGGACAUCAUCACCAUGGAGCACAGCGGGGUGGUGAUCUCAAACACGUCGUCGAGCGGGGCGCAGGGAAGGCGAGGGGAGGCUAGCCUGGAGCGGACAGGAGUGGGAGAGUACAGGUUGGGGGUGAGGGGGGUG